CUAUACACGUUUUUUAAAUUUUACCGCCUUUAAAUGGGAAGCAAAUUUUUAAAACUGCGACAGCAACUCGAUGAGUUGGGUUAUUUGCAAGAUUUGGUACCAGAAUGUAUCCCUUUGGUUGAAAAACUCCUGCUGGAUCUAAAUACAACCACAACCAGCCUACAAAAAUAUAUGAAAAUAUCUCAGCAUGCUUUGGAAGAAAGAGAUUUUUUAGAACUUGGUGCAGAGCCUUAUAAGUGUGAUAAUGCAAAACUUAUAAGAGAAUGUAAUGACUUACAUCAGGCUUUUAUUCAUUUUAAGGAGCAACAUGAAAAAAUUCAACGAGAUCUGAGACGUCAAGCAUCUAAUCUACAAACACAGUUAGAUAAUUGCAGUUUAGAGAAAAAUAAAUUAAUCGGUCAAAUCCAGACCCUGGAGAAGGAAAAAUAUCGAAAAGGUUCAAAGCUAAAUGCUGCUAAAGACGCACUGUGCAAAAGUAAGCCUAAUGUAAAUAUUGAUUCAGCUAUGGCGUCAGCCAAAAACACUAAUGCUGAAUUAAAACGACAACUAAAAGAUUUGGAAGACAAACAUUUACAAUUAACUGAAGAUAAUACGGUUUUGAAAAAUCAGGUGAAAACUCGUGAUGAGCAAAUCGAAAGGUUACAGUCUUUAAUGGAAGGCGGCCGCUCAUAUAACAGCGCUAGUAAAAACUGUUGCUAUAAAAAUAUUGAUAGACAAAUAGUAAUUUUGCAAGAUGAAGUGACGCGACUUAAAAAAGAGAAAAGUGAAUUAGAAAUGCAAAUAAAAGAGGCAAUAGCCAAACAGCAUGAGGCUAUGAAAAGAGCUCUUCACUUAGCCGAAAGAAACAGGCAAUUGGAAAAAGAACUGAAAGAUGUUGACGAAAUUGCUCUUGCAGUUGAAGCAGAGUGUAAUAAUACUGUGAAGGGUAAUUCUGAGAAAGUUGCAAGAUUGCAAGAUCGAAUAAACGAGUCUUUAGUUCUAAUUCAAAAUUUAGAACGAGAUAAUACUAAACUGAAGCAUGCCAAGUUGGAACUCUCCGCCGACUUAGAUAGUGUAAAACUUGAAAAAAAUCAUUUGCAAGCGCAGCUCAAGAAGGAGGAGGACGACAAGAAGAAACUCACUGAUAAAAUAAACUCCUUUACUAUUAUAGAAAAUGAUUUAAAUUUGGAAAUUGAUCGCCUUUCAAAGCUCAGCUCCGAAUAUAAAAGACGAAUUGCAGAAUUGGAGGCCCAGCAUACACAUAAAUUUGGAGAAAAACUCGAUUCUGUUAAAGAAGAUGUUACCAGGUCUACACAAGAAGUUCAGUCGAACGUUGAACAACUGAUCAUGAAAAGUAAAAAAACUCACAAGAAAAGCUGCAAAAAAUCUAAUAAAUCUCCAACCAAGAAUCGCUCUCCAACUCGAACGGAGCCCGUUAAAAGCUCAAUUGAUAAUGCCGAAUCGAAUAAAAAAUGUUGUUGUGAAUCUGGGAAUUGCAUCAAGAAUCUACGGGAUCUAUUGGACAAAGAAGUCGAAUAUAGAGAAGUACAUGCAAAGCAGUCAAUGGAAGACUUGCGUCAAGAAAAAGAGUUUUAUAUGAAGGAGUAUCAUCGCGCUUUGGAACAGUUGAGGAAUGUUCCCAACUAUGAGAUAUCUGAAAAUGGAAUUGCACAGUUGAAGCAGCAAUUGAAAGACAAAGAAAAUCAAAUAAAGCAAUUGGAAGAUGAGAUUCAAAAAAUGAAUUGGGAAAAGUCGCAAACGUUAAAAGGCGAACUUCCAGGACAAACAUAUAGUAAAGUCCCUUGUACCAAGUCUACCUGUAGAAUACGGGAAAGAGAAUUGGAAAUUAAAUCACAAGAUCUUAAGUACAUCGAAAUGGAAAAUAACAAUUUAAAAGCUAAACUUCAGUCAAUAAAUGAAUCUGCUUUAUUCAAUGAAGAACGAAUGAAGAAAGCAUUUAAAGAUAUGGAAGAGCAUAUUCGAAAAUUAGAAGAUGAGAGACGAGAUUUGGUUAAAACUGAGCUAACUCAUCGGUCCAAUAUGUCGCAUUUGGAAGACGACUAUAGAAGUGCUUUAGACCAAUUGCAGAAAACACAACAGGAAUUAAAUGCACAACGAGCUAAUUAUGCUCAAUUAAAAUUACUCCAUGAACAGACGGAUCGAUCACUUUCAGAGGUGCAAGUGCAAUUGAUACGUGCUCAGUCAGAAUUGGCAAAUUAUCAAUCGAAAGUGAAAGAUUCAAGCCGAGAUUCUCUUGCGUAUGACAAGGAAAUAGCAAGAUUGAAGUCCGAUAUUCAAAUCAUGCAAGCCAAUUUAACAAAAAUUGAUAGGGAAAAGGACGAUUUAAUGAAUAACUUGGAUACAAAAACGGAGAAAGUUGCAUUACUGGAGGACAAUCUUGCUUCAAAAUCUAAAAUGAUUUCCAAGCUUGAAGACGAAUUGAAAGAACUAAACAGGAGACUAAGUAAACAUCUGACUGAAUCUUCUAGUCAAGACCAAAUAGUCCGCUCUAAACAGAAAGACUUGGAAAUCUUAGAGCAAGACUAUGAAAAGGAAAGGCAGUUGCGCGAAGCGGCUAUUUUGGAGAAUAAACGACUUCAGAAUGACUUGAGCAGCGUUUCCUACGAUUGUCGGGAAGCUCGAAAUGAGUUAGAUCUUUACAAAAGACAGGUGGAGGACUUGAAGCGACAAUUGCAGCAUUACGUAGCAGAAGUGAAAAGGACCGAGGAUCUCAUAUCUCAAAAGGAACUCGAAAGAAGUGAACUACUCGAUCAAUUCAGAAGUCUGUCUCAAGAAGCGAAUAUAUUGGAAAGCAACAAUCACACUUUGGAAACGGAAGCCAAUCAGUCAAAAAUUCAACUAUCAGUGGCUUUGGAUCACACCUCCGAACUAGAAAGGAACAUGCAACACCAAGAAUCCAUUAUGAAAAGCUACGAGAAGCAGAUUUCAGAAUUAACCAGUCAAGUUGCCAGGCUUGAAGUUCAAUUGAAGCAAAUUUUAAUCGAGAAAGAGCACUGUAAUGUGGAGCUGAAACAGAUGGGCGAUUUAUGCGUAAAAUUGGAUAAAGAUAAGGAUGAUUUGAAAAGUGAACUUAGCAACCGGGAAGAUCGACGAUCUAAUAUUCAAAUGCUUUCUGAAAAAUUGAGUUCUGAAAAAGUAACUUUACAAAAAGCACUGGAACAAGAGAGGAGUAGCUUGGAAGCGGUCGAAAAGCUCCUAAACGAUUCCAGGCGAGACUUGACUGAACACAGGCUGCUCAAUCAAGAUCUGCAGCGGGAGGUUAAUAGAUUGAAGCAGAAAGUUGAAGAAUUAGAAGAAAGAUUAUCAAAAUUUGGCCGAAAAGGCCAAUUUAGUUCACUGUUGUCUACCAAGACAUUAACACAGCCACCUGGCAAGUUUCAUGGCUCUGAUGGCAUUCUUCAGGGUGCCAUCAAUCUCACUCACAUAAAUAAUCAAGAAGAAAACAUGCAUAUUGAGCCAUCGGAAAUCAAGAAAGAUCAUAUAUUUAGAGCAAAUUCAAGCAAAGCUUUAUCUGAGGAUUAUCAUUUAAGUACAUGCUCAAUCCAAUCUACCAAAACAUUAGUUGCUGUAAGUGAAAAAAAACAAGCGUCAGUUAAUUUGCGGAAUAGUGUAAUUGACUUGACCAAAUUGGAUCAAAAUAAUAUCGACUGUUUUGAGCAAUGUGAUAGAGUUCAGUGUCCUUUACAUCAGAAAUUGUUCUUCAAUGCCAAUCAGCUUAACAAAGAGCCGAAAACGUGCAAACAUUGUAAAAAUGCAUGCAAUGCAUCUGAGGGCACAAAUAUUGAUGUAGAACGGAACCAUCAAGCGGAAGAUGGGGAAAUAUCAUCAGACAAUGUGUCUAAAUGUGUGGAUUUUGCGAUAGAAGUGAGCGAUAAGCAGCCAGAUAGGAUUUUGAACAAAAAAGUAACUCCAGGUAAAGAUAAUGCUUUAAAUGCAAAAGCUGACAAAACUGUUAAAAACCGGGAAUUAAGUGAACGAAGUGUAACUUCUACGAAAACGUUGAUCGUUGAAAAGAAAGACGAACUUCGGAAUUCGACUAAGGGCGUAAUGGAUUUACAUCGGAUAGAUUAUAGUCCAGGUGCCGACACUGCAAAGAACGAGAAAAUAGUACGCAAUCUUGAUGCAAUUCGUCGCGGCGCAAUUGCAAAACAACUAGCGUCUAAUGAUCAACAUUUACCAAAAAAUGACACAGUGUCUGAAUGUUUGAAACACUAUAAAACUAAGCUUGGCGGUAGGCCACUAACACCUAUUAACACUUCAAAUGGAAGCAACUUGUGUUUUGAAAAUAAAUGUUCAGAUUAUAUUCUGCGCAAAAAUACGAGACAGUUGGAGCAAGCACAUGAUAGAUGGAAAAGCAGUAAGAAAAUAGAAGAUGAAGUAGAACAUCAAAGAAACAGGAAAAUUGUCGAAAGAUCGCCAAGCUGCGAAAAAAAGCGUUUUGGUUCAAGUUCAGAGUCAAGUGUAGUCACAAGCCUGGAAGCAGCGAAUUUGAAGAGUAAUGAAGUCAUAACAGAAGUUUUCAGAUAUACGGAUAAAUCACAUAAAGAUGAGAAAAUAGCGGAACCAACUGAUAGCAAUGUCCAUAAAAUGUAUCCUGAAUUAUCUCAACUAAAUAGCGAAAGAAGUAAAAUAAACUCUCCAAAUAACAAAAAUUGCGCAGAAAAUCUGCCUCACAAGUAUCGCGUUUCUGAUAGUCCAGCUACUCAAAAAAAUAACGAAGUUUAUGCAACAUUCGAUAAACCUGAGGAUAGCUCUGCGGUGUUUCGAAAAGUGUUUUUGGUUGAUGGUGUAGGACUGGAGUGUCAAUGUUGCAUAUCAAGUUAUAAAAUUGCAAAGCAUUAGUUAAUUUAUAUUUAUAGUGUACUAAACAACAUGGUUAUUUUAUUAUAUUUAAUUGUGGUGAGAAAAUAGAAAAAUACUAGAGGCGAAUUAAAAAGGAUAUUUUUUUAUGUUUGCCUCAAGUAUUUUGCGCUGGAAAAACAAGAAAUAAUUUAGUCCAAAAAGCAAAAUUUUUUAUGCAUGUUUUAUACAGUUGUGUUAAAUGAAUGAAUGCCAAAUACCUAUGUAAAUGGAAAUAGUAAAAAGGUCUGUUUAGUAUUAUAAUAAAUUGUGCGGCCUAAAUAACUAUUAAAGCGGUUCUACAAUUUUUUCGAUUGCUCUGGGCGUUAUUUUCUUAGAACUUUAUUGAACUUUAUAAGAUAAACUUUUUCUUUGUCUUUGUCUUCAUCAAUAUAAUUAUACUUUUAUUUGA